ACAACAUCACAAACAACAACAAAAACACGGAGUUUUCGCGCCAAUCUGGACUGCAGCAGCCAGGCAGCAGCAUCGGGAGGACGGGUUAUUGUUUGGAGUUCGGUUAUCUCGUUCAUUUACGCUUUAAUUCGUCUUUCGAGUGUCUUCUAACAUGUCAUCGAACGGGCGCGACACCCCAGACUUGGACAGGUCUGUGGGAGAUGCCCGCCGCGAAGCUGUCACGUCUCCAGUACGCGACCUGGAACCCUUUGAAGACGAAAGUGACUUGCUUGGAGGCGAGGGAGAUGAUGAUGGAGUUCAACGAUUUGAAGAUGAGGAAGAAGAUGGCGAGGAGCUGUUUGGGGACAACAUGGAGGCGGAUUACCGUCCCAUGUCAGGCCUUGAUCGCUACGAUCCAGAUGUGUUAGAUGAUGAAGAUUAUGACACCAUGUCUCAGACAGACCGUCAAGCUGCUGAAAUGGCCAUGAAGCGGCGUGACCGAGAGGGAGGAAUGCUUGGAAGGCGUGGUGACCGAGAGUUGAUCUACGAUGACAGUGAUGAGGAGGAUGAACCUCGCCGCAAGCGCCGAAUGGCUGAAAAGGCAGCUGCUGGGGAAAUGGAAGAUACUGACAUGAUUGAGUCCAUUGAAAAUCUUGAAGACACUAAGGGUCACUCAAUCAAAGAAUGGGUGUCCAUGUUAGGUCCACGAACUGAAAUUGCAAAUCGUUUCAAAAAUUUCUUAAGGAAUUAUGUCAACAGUAAAGGCCAAUAUGUUUAUAAGGAUCGCAUCAGGCGCAUGUGUGAAAACAAUCACAGCAGUUUGGAGGUUGAAUUUCCUGCACUGGCCGCAAAAGAACAUGUCUUAGCAUUUUUCCUGCCUGACGCUCCCUCAGAAAUGCUGAAGAUAUUUGAUGAAGUUGCCAAAGAGCUUGUGUUGACCAUAUUUCCUAGUUAUGAGCGCGUCGCAAGUACCAUCCAUGUGAGAAUUUCUGAGCUGCCUCUUAUCGAGGAUCUUCGCACUUUCAGGAAAAUUCAUCUCAACCAGCUUGUCAGAACUAGUGGUGUUGUGACAGCAACAACUGGAGUGCUACCCCAGUUAAGUAUUGUUAAAUAUGACUGCAACAAGUGUGGUUAUAUUUUGGGACCUUUUGUUCAGAACCAAGAUGUAGAAGUGAAACCAGGUUCCUGUCCUGAGUGUCAAAGCACAGGUCCAUUCAUGAUAAAUAUGGAACAAACAGUGUACAGAAACUACCAGAAAGUCACUGUUCAAGAAUCUCCUGGCCGCAUUCCAGCUGGACGUAUUCCGAGGUCAAAGGAUUGCAUCCUGUUGGCAGAUCUUUGUGAUCGCUGUAAGCCUGGAGAUGAAGUAGAUGUUACUGGUAUUUAUACCAACAAUUAUGAUGGCUCUCUUAACACUGACCAGGGCUUCCCGGUGUUUGCAACAGUGAUAAUGGCAAAUUACAUAAUUGUCAAAGACUGCAAACAAAUUGUGCAAUCUUUGACGGAUGAAGAUGUGUCAGCUAUUCAAAAGUUAGCUAAAGAUCACCGCAUUGGAGAUCGGAUUGUUGCCAGCAUGGCACCAUCCAUAUUUGGUCAUGAUUAUAUAAAACGCUCUAUGGCUCUUGCCCUGUUUGGAGGAGAGUCCAAAAACCCAGGUCAAAAGCACAAGCUAAGAGGAGACAUCAAUGUUCUACUAUGUGGUGACCCUGGCACAGCCAAAUCUCAAUUUUUGAAGUAUGUGGAAAAAAUUGCUCCUCGAGCUGUUUUUACAACUGGUCAGGGUGCUUCUGCUGUUGGUUUGACUGCAUAUGUCCGACGAUCGCCAGCAAGUAGAGAGUGGACUUUGGAAGCUGGUGCCUUGGUCCUUGCUGACCAGGGUGUGUGCCUCAUUGAUGAGUUUGAUAAAAUGAAUGAUCAGGACAGAACAUCAAUCCAUGAAGCUAUGGAGCAGCAAUCUAUUUCCAUAUCCAAAGCAGGAAUAGUGGCCUCUCUGCAAGCCAGAUGCUCUGUGAUAGCUGCUGCUAACCCAAUUGGUGGACGCUAUGACCCCAGCAUGACAUUCUCAGAAAAUGUGAAUCUGUCUGAACCUAUUAUGUCUCGUUUUGAUAUUUUGUGUGUUGUGAGGGAUGAAGCAGACCCAAUGCAGGAUGAAAGACUUGCUAAGUUUGUUGUUUCAUCUCACAUCCGUCACCACCCUACAAAGGUCAAUGAUACAGCUUCUGAGACAGUUGUAGUUGACCCUCUGCAGUCUACUAAUGUUGAACCAAUUCCUCAAGAGCUUCUUAAGAAAUACAUUGUGUAUUCAAAACAACAUGCUCACCCUAAGCUCCAAAACAUGGAUCAAGACAAAGUUGCCAAAAUGUACAGCCAACUUCGACAGGAGUCUUUGGCUACAGGCAGUUUACCCAUCACUGCUCGUCACAUUGAAAGUAUGAUCCGCAUGGCAGAAGCAUCAGCUCGCAUGCACCUUCGUGACUAUGUCCAAGAAGAUGAUGUCAACAUGGCUAUUCGAAUGAUGUUGGAAAGCUUUGUUGAAACUCAGAAAUACAGUGUUAUGAAGACCAUGCGGCAAACAUUCCAGAAAUACUUAUCCUUCAAGAAGGAUCAUAGUGAGCUCUUGUACUACAUCUUACGACAAAUGACCCAAGAACAACUUGCCUUCAUGCGAGGUCUGCAUGGUUCAGCUCAUGAUAUCACCACCAUUGAAAUCAGUGAGAAAGAUUUCAUGGACAAAGCUCGCCAAAUUGAUAUUCAUGAUGUGAAACCAUUUUAUGAUAGCCGAAUCUUUAAAGCCAAUCACUACUCCUACAAUGUCAAGAAAAAAUCUAUUGUUCAAACAGUGGCUGAUGCUCGUCUUGGCAGAUAGUAUUUUAAACCAUUGUACCUUGUCAUUCUUAACUUAUUCAUCUUAGUGCCUUGUCAUCCAAUUGGAUUUUAUUGAAAUUUCAUCAACACAGGUUUCAUGUAUUAAUUAAUUAGUUGUAAUGUUUCCUUCAUAUCUGUGCUGCACAGGUUGUAAAAGUGAAUUGUGGGAAAAUAAAGACACACCUUCAAA